AUGCAGAAUGAAAAAGAGGCCCAUGUUUUAGUAUUAUACACGGGUGGAACGAUUGGGAUGAAAUGCAUUGAUGGAGUAUAUCGCCCAGAAGCUAAUUAUCUUCUGCGUACUAUACGUGAUUUGCCGCUAUUAAACGAUAAUGAUUAUGUGUCCACAAACUAUGCCGAAGCGGAAAUAAAGCCAUACUGUUUGCCGUCGCUAAACCAUUCAAAAAAGCGUAUUGUUUAUUGGAUGGUUGAAUAUGAUCCAAUUUUGGAUUCAUCAGACAUAACAUUUGAUGACUGGAUUAAAAUUGGUAAGGAUAUUGAAGAAGCUUAUAAUCAAUAUGUAGGUUUUGUUAUAUUGCAUGGUACUGACACACUGGCAUAUACGGCAUGUGCUCUAUCAUUUAUACUCGAGAACGUGAGAAAAUCCAUUGUUAUAACAGGGGCCCAAAUACCAGCAUUUGAGGUUCGUUCUGAUGGUUGGGGAAAUUUGAUUGGAGCACUGAUUAUGGCAGCUUAUUAUAAUAUUCCUGAAGUUAGAGCAUCCUUGCAGCCACCCGUUGAAGGUGUUGUCCUACAGACAUUUGGUGCUGGUAAUAUGCCAUCUCAGAGAACGGAUAUAAUAGAUGAAUUGAAAAAAGCUAUUGAUCGAGGAUGUAUUAUUAUUAAUUGCUCACAGUGUGUCCGGGGACAAGUGGAUGUUCAAUAUUUAACAGGAAAGAUUCUUUUUGAUAUAGGAGUCAUUUCCGGUGCAGAUAUGACUGCGGAAGCGGCAUUAACGAAAUUAUCAUAUGUACUGAGCAAAGACUGUUGGGAACUUUCAAAGAAAAAAGCAAUGAUGAUGGAAAAUAUCAGAGGCGAACUAACCGUCAUAAAAGAAAAACCACUCAGGGAGCUUGAAAUUGUUUCACAGAUGGCAAGGUUCCCGCAUCUAAAUACAUUUGAAAUUAAAUUUCUCCGCCACGCUUUCCUGCCACAGCUACUAUGUCAUGCAGCCAAUAGUGGUGACAUCGAGUUGCUUAACGCACUUCAUGAAAAUGGAGCUAAUCUCUCGGCUGUUGACUACAGCGGACGCAAUGUUUUACAUAUAGCAGCAAGUGCAGGACACGUUGAUGUUGUCAAGUACCUGUUGACUCAAGGUGUUAAUUUCCAGCUUAGGGAUCAGUGGGGCGAGAAUGCUCUUGCAGCUGCAGUGAGAACAAAAAACAAGAUCUGCAUUGAGACUUUGCGAUCUGCAGGAGCAACACUUUCCGUAAAUUCAUCCCGACUAGGUGUUGAAUUGUGUCUGUGCGCCAGUCGUGGUGACAUGGAGACAUUGAAUUCUUGGCUUGCUGCCGGAGCUGAUAUAAAUCAACAGGAUUAUAGUGGCAAGACUGCUCUGCAUAUUGCGGUGGAAUCGAGAAAUGAGCAACUGUUACAUUAUUUGCUCGAUCAAGGUGCUGAUCCGAACAAGAGCGAUUAUUUUGAUUUAACACCACUUGGGCAUGCUGAAAAACUUAAUUUGCAAAAUUUGGUCAUCAGAAUGAAAGAGCGCAAAGUUCAAUAA